AUGCUGGCCUUGUCGGGAAAGUCGGCAACGCAAAAGGCCAUCGAGAGCCAUGUUGCUCAGCGCGAUGCUGCUCUGAGGCAGCCUCUUCCUGACGAGAAGGUCGCAGGGAGCAACCAGCUCAUCGUUCAGGACAGUACCAGUCCGCUGCAUGGUUCAGUAGUGGGUCUUGCACAGCACGACCUCGAGAUCCUCAGCUCGGACAUUGCCGGUAUUACGUCGAGCAUCCAAGCGCGUCGAUGGACUGCCACACAGGUUCUCUGUGCCUACGUUCGAGCCACGCGUCGGGCGCAGCUUCGCACUAACUGCCUCACCGAGGUCUUUAUCGACCAGGCGCUGCAGCGGGCCGCCGAGCUCGAUGCGCACUUCGCAAAAACAGGCCAACUUGUGGGUCCUCUUCACGGCGUACCCCUGUCGCUCAAGGAUACAUUCGCCUAUAAAAACGUCCACACCACCCUUGGAUUCACCACUUGGAUCGCCAAGCCUGCCGAGACCACCAUCUCGGCUGUCCCCGCGAUCUGCGAGCAUCUGGGUGCCGUGCUCUUCGUCAAGACCAACAUCCCUCAAACCAUGAUGACGUUUGAAAGCAUUAACCCAGUCUUCGGCACCACGAUCAGCCCGUACAGCCCCCAUCACACUUCGGGCGGCAGCUCUGGAGGCGAGGGUGCACUCCUCGCGUGCGAUGGCUCGGUGGCCGGUGUGGGCACCGACAUCGCCGGCAGUCUGCGCAUUCCUGCGCAUCACACGGGCAUUUACACGGUCAAACCCAGUCCGGGUCGAUGGUCAUACAACGGGCAGUGCGAUUUUGGGAAAGGGUUCGAGAGCAUUGUUCCUGUUGCCGGGCCCAUGUGUCGAUCUGCCGCGGACCUCGAGGCGUUCUUCGUCGAGGUGGCACGUCAGCACCUGCCCAAGUGGUUGCGUGCACCACGGGACAAGAACAACCCGGCUGUGCUACAGGAAGCGGUGGAGAACGAUGAGGUCAUGGCCAAGUUCAAUCUUGGCGAUGCGCACACCGCCAUUGUGCUCAACGAGGCCUGGUUGAAUCCGCUCGGCAUGGCCAAGGCUCGCGGCACGCCCAUCCGCAUUGGCUACGUGGUAGGCGAUGGCAUCUACCGCACGACGCCAGCGUGUUACCGUGCGAUCCACGAGUGCGUCACUGGUUUGCAGAACAAGUACACAGACAAGCAGAUCCAGCUUGUCGAGAUCGAGCCCAGCAAGCUGCAAACGCUCGAGGUGAUGCGCAUCUUCUUACGCCUGCUCACCGCGGACGGAUACCGCAACAUCGAGCGCUACACAGGUCCGGACAAGAUCAUCUCGCAGCUGCAGCUGCCCAUCCGUUUGAGCCGGAUCCCACGCUGGCUGAGCGCCAUCAUCGUCUUCUUCCUGCGCUACAUUGUGCGCGAUCCCAUCUACGCCGAGCUGGCCGCGUCCGCAGGCCGCCUCUCCACAGCGCAACAUGCUGACGUGCUCGAGCGACGCGAACGGUUCGUCGACAAGUGGAACCAUGCCAUGUGGCACGAUCUGGCACUCGAUGCACUGAUCGCACCCACACAGGCGUGUCCUGCGGUACCGCAUGGUGGCGCGAUCCACAACUCGGCCAUGGCUGGCUCGACGGUGCUGUACAACAUCACCAAAGCGUCCGUGGCCGUGCUGCCAGUGCUGCGUGUCGAUGCGGCUCGUGAUUCUCACAUGGAAAGCGACUAUGCCAAUGUUGCACUCGAUCAGAACAAGGAAUUUGACAGGUGGGCGGCCGACAGGAGUUGGGGAGCUACGAGCAGGGUGUGCAACUUUAUGCUGUACCGCACCGCCUACGAUGCGAAAAAGAUGCACGGUUUGCCUGUGGGUGUCCAGGUCGUGACCAAGCCCUACACCGAGGAAAAAGCCAUCGGCAUCAUGAGGCUUGUUGACGAUGCUUUGCCGUCUCCGCAAAAGAGGGGUUCGACUUGGACCAACAGGCUCAACCCGCAAGGUGGAAAUAUCGCGCAGGAGGCUGCCAAGUCGGCUGUUGGAUUCGGACCUGGAAGCUUGACUAAGGCUUUGUUCCAGUUGUAG